UAGAUGGAGGGAAUGAGGAACAAGGGAACAAAUACUCACAAACUCGUUACCAUUCUUUUGGGUGCAGAAUCAUUUUUGAAAUGGUUUAUUGUAAAGACUGCACCACGAAUAAUGAAACAACAUAGAAAUGAAUAAUAAUAAGAUUAACUUCAUAGAUAAUCUUGGUAAUGAUAUAGAAACAAAUGGAAUGGAGGAAUUUGCUUAAUACUUCUACGGUGUAACAAUCACUCAACUUUGAAGUUGAACGGCAGAACUACAAAUUUAAUAGUCAAACGUGUUCUAUUUCUGUGGUUAUUUUCCCACCUUAACAGCAGCAAGUCAAUUGUAGUGAAUGGCUGUGAAAAAGUCGGAGGGUUAUGUUGUUGCUGUAGAUGUUGGUACGACAAACCUUACGUGUCACGUCUUUGAUAAAACUGGAAUUUCAAUGUAUGGCGCGGUCCAAAAGGUUCAACUACUGUAUCCAAGACCAGGUUGGGUUGAAAUAGAUCCAGAUGUUCUGUGGGAUCAGUUUUUAAAUGUUGUCACUGAAGCAGUGGAAGGUUCGUGUCUCCAAUAUGAAGAUAUAACUGCAUUCGGCAUUUCUACUCAGAGAGGAACAUUUUUGAAUUUCGAUAAGCGUACUGGUCGUCCUAUUCAUAACUUUAUCACCUGGCAAGAUUUGAGAGCAGCAGAAUUGACUGAAAAUUGGAACAGGUCAUUCACAAUGAAGGGAUUACAUUUAGGUGCAAAAGCUCUGCAUCUUCUAUCCAGAAGAAAACAAUUUUUAGCAGCAAGUGUCAUAAAUUUCUCCACACAACAUGUUUCUAUGAGAUUACAUUGGAUGUUGAAGAAUCACGCUGAGCUAAUGAAAAAGGCCCGUCAGGGGUCAAUAUUGUUUGCGACGAUAGAUACUUGGCUUUUAUGGAAGCUCACCAAAGGACAAGUUCAUAUAACAGAUUAUUCAAACGCAAGCUCUACUGGCAUGUUUGAUCCUUAUGUGUUAUGUUGGAGCUCACUGAUGACGACAUUAUUUGAAAUUCCAGUUUCAUUGCUUCCUGAAGUCGUGGAAACUAGUGGUUCUCUUUGUGAAAUACAUAAAGAUAUAUUUGGCACACGAAUUCCUGUAACAGCUGUGGUUGCAGAUCAGCAGGCUUCCGUGUUUGGCCAGUGUUGUUUUGAUGUUGGUGAUAUCAAUCUUACCAUGGGCACUGGAAGUUUCAUCAACAUCAAUACUGGAAAGCAUGCGCAUGCGUCAGUUGCAGGGUUAUAUCCAUUAGUUGGAUGGAAAAUUGGCUCAGAUGUGACGUACCUCGCUGAAGGCAACGCUGCAGGGACUGGGACUGCCAUUGAAUGGGCUGGUGAAAUAGGUUUUUAUCAUAAAGAUAACGUUGCAGAAACUUCCAAGAUUGCUCGUUCCGUGAAAGAUUGCAACGGAGUAUAUUUUGUUCCUGCUUUUAGCGGUCUACAGGCUCCUAUUAACGACACCAAAGCAUCUACGUCCAUUUUUGGCAUUACGUCAUCAACAUCAAAAGCUCACAUUGUCCGUGCUGUGUUGGAGUCUAUUGCUUACAGAAUCUAUCAAUUGUUUGUCACCGUACAAGAGGAGAUAAAAACACCAAUUUUCUCAUCAAUAAAAGCAGAUGGCGGUUUAAGCCAAAACGAUUUCAUCAUGCAGUUGCUAAGUACGCUUACAGAACAGAGUAUUGAAAGACCGAAGCAAAUCGAAAUGUCAUGUUUAGGAGCUGCAUUCUUAGCUGGUCUUGCUACAGGUGUAUGGAAAUCACGUGACGAACUUAAAGCGAUCCACUGCUCUCAUGUCAUAUUUCAACCCUGUUGUGACGCAAGAGAUAAAUAUGAAAAAUUCUAUGAAAAGUGGAAGGAGGCGCAAGCUCGUAGUCGAUACUGGUAUACGUAAUAUUUAUGAUGUGUACGUUUUUAUUUGCAAUAAGGGAAGACAUUCAUGAACUUUUGUUUUUAUCAAUGAAUAUUCUGGGAAUCAAUAAAUUAUGUGGUUUUAUUUAUAAUAUUUCUUUUAAUUAUUAUGAAAGAUGAUUAUUCCCUGCUAAGGUUGUCACAUGCAAAACUCCUGCUUUGGAAGUAAACAUUAACGCACAUAUUGUAUAUAAAACUAAGUUGACCUAGUAAUGCAUUAUAAAUACUUUAAAAACACA